AUGUGUAAAAUGUGGAGUAAGAUCAGAUUCGGCGUCCGAUGGAAGCCGGCGGAAGCCCAAUCCCUGGCGGUCAGAGGACUUGAUCUGAAAGGUGUUAAAGCCAUAAAAAUCUCGAUGGAUCCUCUUCGCAACGAUACGACUGCCCUGAGACAAUUCUGGCACGCUUGCUCUGCUCCCCGGGCCAAGUUCUCAAAUCCGGCUGUUAAAAUAACACCAGAGUUGAGGAACGACGGAAAACCGGCUUAUUUCGAAGCUGAUUUAGGUAAGAAAACGAAAAUUUUAUUUCUUUAGAAAAAACUUAAAUAGAAUGAAAAAGGCGUUUUUAUUAAGUAAAGCUUUUAAUGCUAAAAUAUGUUGAACAAUCAUAUAAUACUCAUAUGAUUUCAGCCGAUGGCAAGAAACUACGAUUCAUGACAGAAGGAAUGCGAACCGCGGAUGUUGUCAUGAAGUUCAACCUUAUUUUAGGUAACCCACCAAUCGGAAAGGCCGGAAUCCGACCAAUUAUGCAGUAA